UGAAACAUGUGGCAAACAAGUAAUCUAAUAUCUGAGCAGAGCACUAUGCAAUUGAACAUUCUUAAGUACAGAUCCUUUUCCCCAGUUGGUACAUCACAAACAUAUAAAAGAAACAAUACUGAUGGUACAGUUCAACCUGCUUAUUGACAAUGCUCUUUCUGUAGGGGCUGGUGCGAUAGAGUUUAUUUUGUGCCAUGCAGAAGUUGAGAUUGCUUUUGCAGAGGAAAAUAAAGUUGCGGAGCUGUUGAAGACAUUUCCUAAGUCAACUGAGUUCUUUAAAACCAUUGUGAGUUUUGGUAAAGUGACACAAGAACAAAAGGAAGUAGUUUCCAAGUACGGGCAGUCAAUAUACUCAUGGGAUGAGUUCCUUUCUUUGGUAAGAUAGGUUGUCAGCUUUGUAUGUUGGUUCUUCUGAAUAUUGUUUCUUAAAUAUGAAUAUUUCAUCAUGAUGUGGAGUUCUGCACUU